UUCCCUCCUCUCCGUUUCCUCCAGUCGGCCAGUCAGGUUGUUUGUCUCUCCGUCCAGCUAUUCACCCACGGGCUGUUGAUCUCUCCAUUCUCCAGUGUUUUCGUUCUGCUCGGAUUGAGGGCUGUUUCUGUGCAGUCGGUCAGUUGAAGAAGAAGAGGAAGAAGCAAGCAACCCCAGAAGCUACUAGUAGCAAGCAAGCAAGCCAGCACCAAUUCGCCGAAUCCCGAAUCCCAGCACAAACCUAAACCCCCCCUCCCCCAAUCGCCUCCAUGAGUUCACACCACUACUCGCACCGCGCACCACCGCCGCCUUCAUCACGUCCUCGCGCGCCCAGCUACACUGGCCUUCCGCACGACCACCACGUCCUCCCAAAACCGCACCAUCACCACCACCACGCACACACUCCUUCCUCCGGCUCUCCCGGCGACAACAGCUACAUUCCCUACACGGCCUCGUCACCAACCUCAUCCUACGGCCGCGCCGCCAGCAUCAGCACGUCUUCCAUCUCGAGCUCCAGCUAUGCCGGUAGCGCCGAGGAUGAGAGCUUGGCUGGUGGGGAGGUCGACAUGGUCGACAUGCUGACGCAGCGACUGGCUGGCGCCUUCGAUCCGCUGCAAUUGGAUCGCAGUUUGGCCAUGCAAGCUCAGACGUCCGGUAUGCUCAACAGUAAGACUCGGGAGCUCAUCGCACUGCAGGAGGAGGCUCAGGCACGGCUCGCGGAGACUCGUAGGAGCUUCGUCGAGGGCAUGAAGAUCGCAAAGGAAGUCAAGGCGGACCUGGACUAUGUGCACCGCAAAGUCAGGGUUCUGAAGCAAAAAACGGAACGGAAAUAUCCGGUAGAAUACAAUAUGGCACGUGAUCGAAUCCCGCCGCCAUCAUGAACAGAUCACAGAUCGACGGCAACGGGAUGGCGGACGGGAACGCACCUUCCCGCGGAAGGUUCUUUUUCUUUGUUUUGCAGUUUGGAUUUGGGCCGGUGGGUAGGGUGUUUCUUGGCUCCGGCGCAUGGGCUUUCCGCUUGUUGUUUUUCGGAGUCGAUGUUUUGUCUGCUUCUGCUGCUGCUGCUUCUGCUGCUUCUGUUGCUACAUACCACGUUUUUCUGUGCUUGCGAUGAUAUUUACUUGGCU